GUGUUCAAAUAUAAAUCAUGGAAGCGAUAUCAGCUGAAAAAAACAUAAUAUUUGUAACAAAAUGCGGCUUCGACAGCAAAAUUAAUGUCAAGAUUGAGAUGAAACCAUAUCGCCGGAACAACAAAAUUUUUAUGGUUGAACUACGCACGGCGACAAGGCUGGGGCGCGUGCGCGUGCUGGCCCGAGAGUUCGCGGGCGACGUGCGCUCCCUGUGGCGGUACGGAGCGCCCUUCCCCACCUUCCUCAAACUCAUCGGCACGCUCAUCCUCUGUCUGCUCGUCGUGCUGCCCCUCAUAUACCCCGUGUUCAUCCUGAUCAUCACCUACUUUACAUAUGAAAACAACUUUCACAGCUGGUGGGUGGACGAGCCGUGGCGGUUCUUUCCGACGACGAUAGCGCGGCGCGCUCUCUCCGCCGCGUUCAGGCCGGCGAGCCCUCCAGACGUGUGGAAGGUGCGAGAGGUCCUCACCCGCGGCAUCCUGCUCGCGCACUCCCUCGCCACCUCCGUCGACUACCUGUGCGUCAUGCAGGGAUUACUCGAUGAAGCCUAG